AUGUCCUGUGUGCAUUAUAAAUUCUCUUCCAAACUCAACUAUGACACGGUCACCUUUGAUGGGCUCCACAUCUCUCUCUGCGACCUAAAGAAGCAGAUUAUGGGCAGAGAGAAGCUGAAGGCUGCCGACUGCGACCUGCAGAUCACCAACGCGCAGACCAAGGAAGAAUAUACUGAUGAUAAUGCCCUGAUUCCUAAGAAUUCAUCUGUAAUUGUUAGAAGAAUUCCUAUUGGCGGUGUUAAAUCUACAAGCAAGACAUACGUUAUAAGUCGAACUGAACCAGUGAUGGGAACUUCAAAAGCAAUUGAUGACUCUUCUGCGUCUAUUUCUCUGGCCCAGCUUACAAAGACUGCCAAUCUGGCUGAAGCCAAUGCUUCUGAAGAAGAUAAAAUUAAAGCAAUGAUGUCACAAUCUGGCCAUGAAUACGACCCAAUCAAUUACAUGAAGAAACCCCUAGGUCCACCACCUCCAUCUUAUACCUGUUUCCGCUGCGGUAAACCUGGCCAUUAUAUUAAGAAUUGCCCAACAAAUGGGGAUAAGAACUUCGAAUCUGGUCCUAGGAUUAAAAAGAGCACUGGAAUUCCCAGAAGUUUCAUGAUGGAAGUGAAAGAUCCUAACAUGAAAGGGGCAAUGCUCACCAACACUGGGAAAUACGCAAUACCAACUAUAGAUGCAGAAGCAUAUGCGAUUGGGAAGAAGGAAAAGCCGCCUUUCUUACCAGAGGAGCGCUCUUCGUCUUCUGAAGAGGACGACCCUAUCCCAGAUGAGCUGCUGUGUCUCAUCUGCAAAGACAUUAUGACCGAUGCCGUUGUCAUUCCCUGCUGUGGAAACAGCUACUGUGAUGAAUGUAUAAGAACAGCACUCUUGGAAUCAGAGGACCAUACAUGCCCAACGUGUCAUCAAAAUGAUGUCUCUCCUGAUGCUUUAAUUGCCAAUAAAUUCUUACGACAGGCUGUUAAUAACUUCAAAAAUGAAACUGGUUAUACAAAAAGACUACGGAAACAGUUACCACCACCACCACCCCCAAUACCGCCUCCGAGACCGCUCAUGCAGCGGAAUCUACAACCUCUGAUGAGAUCUCCAAUAUCAAGACAACAGGAUCCUCUGAUGAUUCCAGUGACAUCUUCAGGUCACCCGGCUCCCUCUAUAUCUUCAUUAGCUUCUAAUCAGUCUUCCUUAGCCUCUGCUGUGCCUGGAAAUUCAUCUACCCCAGCGCCUGUACCUGAUAUAACUGCAACGGUCUCCAUAUCGGUCCACUCAGAAAAAUCAGAUGGGCCUUUCCGGGAUCCCGAUAAUAAAAUAUUGCCAGCUGCAGCCCUUGCCUCAGAACAUUCAAAGGGAACCUCUUCAAUAGCAAUUACUGCUCUUAUGGAGGAGAAGGGUUACCAGGUGCCUGUGCUUGGAACCCCAUCUUUGCUUGGACAGUCAUUAUUGCAUGGACAGUUGAUCCCUACAACUGGUCCAGUGAGAAUAAAUGCUGCUCGUCCAGGUGGUGGUCGACCAGGUUGGGAGCAUUCCAACAAGCUUGGAUAUCUGGUUUCUCCACCACAGCAAAUUAGGAGGGGAGAGAGGAGUUGCUACAGAAGUAUAAACCGUGGACGACACCACAGCGAAAGAUCACAGAGAACUCAAGGCCCAUCACUACCAGCAACUCCAGUUUUUGUGCCUGUUCCACCCCCUCCUCUGUAUCCACCUCCGCCACAUACACUGCCUCUCCCCCCAGGUGUUCCUCCACCACAGUUUUCUCCUCAGUUUCCUCCUGGCCAGCCACCACCUGCUGGGUAUAGUGUCCCUCCCCCAGGGUUCCCUCCAGCACCAGCCAAUUUAUCAACACCUUGGGUAUCAUCAGGAGUGCAGACUGCUCAUUCAAAUGCCAUCCCAACAACACAAGCACCACCUCUGUCCAGGGAAGAAUUCUAUAGAGAGCAGCGACGGCUAAAAGAAGAGGAAAAGAAAAAGUCCAAGCUAGAUGAGUUUACAAAUGAUUUUGCUAAGGAAUUGAUGGAAUACAAAAAGAUUCAAAAGGAGCGUAGGCGCUCAUUUUCCAGGUCUAAAUCUCCUUAUAGUGGUUCCUCAUACUCCAGAAGUUCUUAUACUUACUCUAAAUCAAGAUCUGGUUCAACGCGGUCACGUUCUUAUUCUCGAUCAUUUAGCCGCUCACACUCUCGUUCCUAUUCGAGAUCACCUCCAUAUCCCAGAAGAGGCAGAGGCAAGAGUCGAAAUUACCGCUCACGGUCUAGAUCUCAUGGAUAUCAUCGAUCUAGGUCCAGGUCACCACUAUAUAGACGAUACCACUCACGAUCAAGAUCCCCUCAAGCAUUUAGGGGACAGUCUCCAAAUAAACGUACUGUACCACAAGGGGAAACAGAACGUGAAUAUUUUAACAGAUACAGAGAAGUUCCACCACCAUAUGACAUAAAAGCUUAUUAUGGGAGGACUGUUGACUUUAGAGACCCAUUUGAAAAAGAGCGUUACCGAGAAUGGGAGAGAAAAUACAGGGAGUGGUAUGAAAAAUACUACAAAGGUUAUGCUGCUGGAGCACAGCCUCGACCAUCAGCAAAUAGAGAGAACUUUUCUCCAGAGAGGUUAUUACCACUUAAUAUCAGGAAUUCUCCCUUUACAAGGGGCCGCAGAGAAGAUUAUUCGGGUGGACAAAGUCAUAGAAGUCGAAACAUAGGUGGUGGCAACUAUCCAGAAAAGCUUUCAACAAGAGACAGUCACAAUCAGAAGGAUAGUACAAAGUCAAAAGAGAAGGAGAGCGAUGGUGCUGCAGGAGAUGGUAAAGGAAGUAAACAUAAGAAACAUCGAAGGCGAAGAAAGGGGGAGGAAAGUGAAGGCUUUCUAAACCCAGAGUUAUUAGAACCUUCUAGAAAAACAAGGGAACCUACAAGUGGCGAAGAAAAUAAAACAGACUCGUUAUUUGUUCUUCCGAGUAGAGAUGAUGCUACACCAGUUAGAGAUGAACCAAUGGAUGCAGAAUCCAUCACUUUUAAAUCAGUGUCUGAAAAGGACAGGAGAGAGAAAGAUAAGCCAAAAGCAAAAGGAGACAAGACCAAACGAAAAAAUGAUGGAUCUUCUGUGUCCAAAAAAGAAAAUGUAAAACCUGCUAAGGGAUCUCAAGAAAAACUAGAGGGAGAACGUGAAAAAUCUCCUCGAUCGGAACCUCCACUUAAAAAAGCCAAAGAGGAGACUCCAAAGACUGACAGUGCUAAAUCAUCAUCCUCCUCCUCUCAAAAAGAUGAAAAGGCCAUUGGCACUCCCAGAAAGGCUCACUCUAAGUCAGCAAAAGAACACCAAGAGUCAAAACCUGUCAAAGAGGAAAAAGUGAAGAAAGACUAUUCCAAAGAUGUGAAAUCAGAAAAACUAACUAGUAAGGAAGACAAGGCCAAGAAGUCUACUGAGAAAAGUAAGCCUCCUGACAGCAAAGGAGAAAAAAGAAAAAGGAAAACUGAAGAAAAAGGUGCAGAGAAAGAUUUUGAAUCAUCUUCAAUGAAAAUCUCUAAACUCGAAGUAACUGAAAUACUGAAGCCAUCACCAAAACGCAAAAUGGAACCUGAUAUUGAAAAGAUGGAUAGGACCCCUGAAAAGGACAAAAGUUCAUCAUCAACAGCCCCAACCAAAAAAAUCAAGCUCAACAGAGAAACUGGUAAAAAAAUUGGAAGUACAGAAAAUAUAUCUAAUACAAAAGAGACCUCUGAAAAAUUGGAGUCAACAUCUAGCAAAGUUAAACAAGAAAAAGUCAAAGGAAAGGUCAGACGAAAAGUAACUGGAACUGAAGGAUCCAGCUCCACUCUUGUGGACUAUACUAGUACGAGUUCAACCGGAGGCAGUCCUGUGAGAAAAUCUGAAGAAAAAACAGAUACAAAGCGAACUGUUAUCAAAACUAUGGAAGAAUAUAAUAAUGACAAUACAGCUCCUGCUGAAGAUGUCAUUAUUAUGAUUCAGGUUCCUCAGUCCAAAUGGGAUAAAGAUGACUUUGAAUCUGAGGAAGAAGAUGUUAAAGCCACACAGCCUGUAUCAAGUGUAGGAAAACCUGCCAGUGUUAUAAAAAAUGUUAGCACUAAACCAUCAAAUACAGUCAAGUAUACUGAAAAAGAAAGCGAGCCAGCAGAGAAGCUUCCAAAACUCACCAAGGAAGUGAGCCAUGAAAUCAUACAACACGAGGUCAAAGGUUCAAAAAACUCUGUAUCUAGUGAAAAAGGGAAAACCAAAGAGAGAGAUCAUUCAGUGUUGGAGAAGGAAAAUCCUGAAAAGAGGAAGAGCAGCAGUCAGCCAGAGAAAGAUAGUAAUUUGGACCGUCUCAAUGAACAAGGUAGUUUUAAAAGUUUGUCUCAAUCUUCCAAAGAAUCUAGAACUUCAGAUAAGCAUGAUUCCACUAGAGGUUCCUCAGGUAGAGACUUUACUCCCAGUAGAGACAAGAAAUCCGACUAUGACAGCAGAGAAUAUUCAAGUUCCAAACGAAGAGAUGAACGGAAUGAAUCAAGAAGAAAAGACUCUCCUUCUCGGAGCAAAGAUUCUGCAUCUGGACAGAAAAUUAAGCCAAAGGAGGAAAGAGAUUUGCCUAAAAAAGGAACAGGAGAUUCCAAAAAAAGUAAUUCUAGUCCCUCAAGAGACAAAAAACCUCAUGAUCAUAAAGCCACUUCUGAUACUAAACGCUUAAGUGAAGAGACAAAAUCUGUAGAUAAAAAUCCCAGUAAGGAUCGUGAGAAGCAUGUGUUAGAAACAAGGAACAGUAAAGAGUCCAGUGGCAAUAAAUUACUUCAGAUCCUUAAUCCACCAGACCCACAGACUGAAAAAGAGCAGGUUGCUGUGCAAAUUGAUAAGAGUGCUACCAAGCCUAAACCCCAGUUAAGUCACUCCUCUCGACUUUGCUCUGACUUAACUAGAGAAACUGAUGAAGCUGCUUUUGAACCAGAUUAUAAUGAAAGUGACAGUGAAAGCAAUGCAUCAGUAAUAAAAGAGGAAGAUACUUCGGGGAAAAUUUCUAAGGAACUGAAAGAUAAAGUCGUAGAGAAAGUAAAAGAGACCCCAGACACAGCAGCAGCCAGCCAGGUAGGCGUCACCAGGAGCCAGAGUCACAGCAGUCCCAGUGUUAGUCCCAGUGGAAGCCACAGCCCUUCUGGAAGCCAAACUCGAAGCCACAGUAGCAGUGCCAGCUCGGCAGAGAGUCAGGACAGCAAGAAGAAGAAGAAAAAGAAGGAAAAGAAAAAGCACAAGAAACAUAAAAAACAUAAGAAGCAUAAGAAGCAUGCAGGUCCUGAAGCAGAAUUGGAAAAAAGCCAGAAACACAAACACAAGAAAAAGAAAUCAAAGAAGAGCAAAGAUAAAGAUAAAGAAAAGGAGAAGGAGAAGGAGAAGGAAAAAGAUGACCAAAAAGUGAAAUCUGUCACUGUGUAG